AUGCGGCCUCGAGGAUUAUUCGCUAUCAACUGUGGAUUUUUUCUUAUUGCCUCAUUUUACGACCUUGCUUUUGAUAUCGGUUAUCUGGUGAUUAUCAACAGGGAGGUUACUGUACAAACAUGUUCUAUCGUUAGGAACUUCGUUUACAAUCCUAUCGCAACACAAGGCUUUGUUGAUGCAUUGGAGCGUUUCUGCAUUGCAUUCUUUAGUCAUGAGAUGUCAAUGAUUACUGUGUUCGUCCUCUAUACCCUAUUUCCACUAAUUUGUAUUGGUAUCGGUGUUUAUAAUACAUUCAUCUCAACCACACUUCUACAGACAGACGAUGUCUGCGCUAUCGUUCGGCGCACUAAAUGGACAAACAUUACCCUUGUUAUUAUCCAGUGGGGUUCAGCCGCCGUCGCUGUUCUACUUUACAUCGCUAUCUGGAAACAACUGCAACGAAGAAGGUCGAACGCAGGAAUAACUCCAGUGGCUUCGACGUCACACGAAACUGUAAAACUGUGCAUUACACGCUACUAUUGGGAUCCGACGAUUGUUCGAGUGUUCUUCAUUUGCUGUGUGCUGCCACUAGUUCUCGCCAUACCAAGCGUAGUAUUCACACUUCUUACUGAAUCGGCCAUCUAUCAAAACGCUGUGAGUGAAGGGCCAUAA